AUGCAGCUCAAUGGGCCAAGGCGCGGGGCGAAGGUCGCACGGGAGUGCGCCGGCGCCGGGAGGCGGGGCCGUCUCCCUGGCAACCCGCGCGCUGCCCGGGCCUCUCGGCGGGGCGGGAAGCGCGGGAGCCGAGCGCUGGCGACAGGCGGGGCCGCGAGGGCCCCGGGCCCCGGGCGGCCCGGGCCGCUGCAGGAUGAGAGCCUGGGCGUGGCGUCCGUGCCCUCGCAGUGGAGGGGCGCCCAGGGCAUCCGCGGGGAGACGAAAAGUUGCCAGACAGCCAGCAUCGCCACAGCCGAGGCGGCGGUGCAGAGCCGGAAGCUCAGGGACGCCGCGGUGCAGACCGAGGUCCCCACGCCCCUGGGGGCACUGCCCGUGUCCGGGCAUGAGGGCCCGCGGCUGGCGGCCUUCCUGCGCAGGGUCGAGCCGAUGGUGACCCGGGAGCUGAACCGGAACUGGCAGAGCCACGCCUUUGACGGCUUUGAGGUGAACUGGAGCGAGCCGCAGCAGACGGUGACCUGCCUGCACACUCUGGGCUACCCCCCAGCCCAGGCCCAGGGCCUGCACGUAACCAGCGUCUCCUGGAACACCACCGGCUCUGUGGUGGCAUGUGCCUAUGGGCGGCUGGAUGACGGGGACUGGAGCACGCUGAAGUCUUUCGUGUGUGCCUGGAACCUCGACCGUCGUGGCCUGAACCCCCGACAGCCAUCCGCCGUGGUGGAGGUGCCCAGUGCCGUCAUGUGUCUGGCCUUCCACCCCACGCAGCCAGCCCACAUCGCAGGUGGCCUGUACAAUGGUGAGGUGCUGGUGUGGGACAUGAGCCGCCCGGAGGACCCGCUGCUGUGGCGCACAGGCCUGACGGACGACACACACACAGACCCCGUGUACCAGGUGCUCUGGCUCCCGGAGCCCCGGCACAGCCACCGCUUCCAGGUGCUGAGCGUGGCCACGGACGGCAAAGUGCUGCUGUGGCAGGGCGCGGCGCCAGGGCAGCUGCAGCUCGUGGCCGGCUUCGCGCUGGUGGUGCAGCAGCUGCCGCGCAACACCAAGCUCAAGAAGCCUCACCGCGGAGAGACGGAGGUGGGCGCCACGGCGGCCGCCUUCUCCAGCUUCGACCCCAGCCUCUUCGUCCUGGGCACGGAGGGCGGCUUCCCGCUCAAGUGCUCCCUGGCGGCCGAGGCGGCGGCCCUCACGCGCACACCCAGCUCCGUGCAGCUGCGCGCGCCCGCCCAGUUCACCUUCUCCCCGCACGGCGGCCCGGUGUACUCAGUGAGCUGCUCGCCCUUCCACAGGAACCUCUUCCUGAGCGCGGGCACCGACGGCCACGUGCACCUCUACUCCAUGCUGCAGGCGCAGCCGCUCACCUCCCUUCAGCUGACCCACAAGUACCUGUUCGGGGUGCGCUGGUCGCCCGUGCGCCCCCUGGUGUUCGCAGCCGCCUCCGGGGAAGGUGAGGUGCAGCUGUUUGAUCUGCAGAGAAGCUCCCAGAAGCCCACAGUGGCCAUUAAGCAGACGGCGGACGGAAGCCCCGUGUACUGUCUGGAGUUCAACCCGCAGCAGACGCAGCUCCUGGCCGCAGGCGAUGCGCAGGGCAUGGUGCGGGUGUGGCAGCUGAGCAGCGAGUUCACGGAACAGGGGCCCCGGGAGACGGAGGACCUGGACCAGCUGGCAGUGGAGGUGGCCACCUGAGGGCGGGGGACGGGCGAGCCCGUGUGUCUCUCAAAUGAAAACGGGACAAGCGGC